GCUCUGUGUUGCACUGAUUGCAAGAAACCAGUCAUUCAGCAAGCCAAGCUCAGUCAGAGAGAUAUGCAUGUUUCAUGUUCCCACUAGUUUUACCUGUCCAGCUUGUUUGCCACGGCGUGUCCAUAUUUUCUUUCAUCAAAGCGCACGUCUCCCGACGAAAUCUACGUGUAGAGCGGUGGACGGUGAAUUUGAAAAUACACCAGACAUUGAAUGGCAUUGUGGCAAAUAUUUGGAGAAACUAACAAUCACUUUGAAGUUCCCGGGAAAAAUCUUCCUAACAAAGUAUUCGCACACAAUGGUUCCGAGGGAGAGGAACCACAGCGGCAGACUGCGACAUGGCCCAGGCCAUUGGCUCAAAAGUGGACGGUGAUGCUCUUCUUGGGCACGUGUCUCCUCUACUGUGCCAGGAUGGCCAUGCCAAUCUGUGCUGUCAACAUGGCCACCACGUUUGGCUGGAGCAAGACACAGUCGGGUGUGGUAAUGGGGGGCUUCUUCUGGGGUUACUGCUUCACUCAGGUGCUGGGAGGUCAUGUCAGCGACAGAAUUGGUGGUGAACGGGUCCUACUUCUUGCCACUACGUCCUGGGCUUCCAUUACAGCAGUCACCCCUCUGUUGGCGCAACUGGGCAUCAGCUCCCUCACCUCCAUGACGGUGGCCAGAUUCCUUAUGGGGCUAUUACAAGGUGUCCACUACCCCUCUUUGGCCAGUCUUUGUUCCCAACGAGUGGAUGAAGGGGAAAGAGGCUUUCUGAUGAGUACCAUGGGCAGUGGCUCUUAUAUGGGAACACUGAUGGUGGGAGGACUGGGGUCCGUGAUGUUGGAACACUAUGGCUGGGAGAGUGUGUUCUAUGGCGCUGGUCUGCUCUCGGGACUGUGGUCAUUGACUGUGUGGAGAUUUCUACUGAGAGGUCAAAUGAACACAAUCCAAGUGCUGUCAAGCCAUGGAUCCAGUUCGGGUCUGUCAAAGAAACGCUGGCUAAAAAUGUGCAAACAGCCCUCUGUGUGUGCCAUGGUCUUUGCUCACCUAUGCUUCAGCAGUACUUGUUACACAUUGAUGUCAUGGCUACCAACCUUUUUCAAAGAUACAUAUCCGCACGCCAAGGGAUGGAUGUGUAACGUAAUUCCAUGGUUGGUUGCAAUCGCAUCUGCGCUCUUUGGAGGCAUAAUUUCGGAUCACCUCAUUCAGCAGGGAUUUCGAACAUCCUCUGUUAGGAAGAUGAUGCAGUUCAUGUCCAUGGGUGUGUCCAGUGUUUUCCUCCUGCUACUCUGCAGGCCACUCUCAUUCCCUUCCGCUGUGAUCUUUGUCUCCGCUGCUGUGGGCCUGGCCACCUUCAACAGCAGUGGUGUGUCUGUGAAUGUACAGGACCUUGCCCCAUCGUGUGCUGGAGCCUUGUUUGGAUUUAUGAAUAUGUGUGGGGCUUUCACAGGUCUGGUAAUGGUCUAUGUUUCUGGAUACCUGAUUGAGGUCACAGCUUCCUGGGGUUACGUGUUCUCACUCAUCACAAUGGUGAAUACCAUGGGCCUCGGAGUAUUCCUCAUGUUUGGAGAAGCCAACCGUGUGGACUUGUGGAAUUUGUCCCAAGUCACUCGUGUAUGACCCACACAAAGAGACUGCCAAUAACUUAGUGUGUAUAUCUGUGUAGGUCAUAAUGUCAGUCUAACAAAAUGGUUUGUGAAGAGGAUUGUAGGCCUAACUACAAUAGGCCUAUGAAAAAAUGACUUGUUUCUGACAUGUUUUAAAUUAUGCCUUCAUGCAUCAGGUCUGAGAAUAAGAUGGUUUAAAAUAUUUAUAAUUCAAUGUUGCGUCACUUGGUAGAACUUUGAAAACAUUAUCUAUUGUCCCUGAAAUUGAAAAGCGAAACAAGACAACAGUAAACAUGUCAUCCCCUACGAAUGAUGCCGCGACACCCAUUGGGCCAAUUGAGAUAUCUUGUGUGACUAACACAUUUUAGUUGACCACAGAUUAGCCUUUAUAUUGACCAGAUCCUCAAGUGGCCGCUCUAACAAUGAAAAUAAAUGUCUUAAAAAAUGGAAGGCAGUUAGCCUGGGGACCUGUCCAGGUCUUGACAUUCAGGUAAAUUUGCCAGUGGCACACCGGGCCAGUACCAAGUGAAAAAUACUGGCCUGAAUUUUAAAAUUACUGACCCAGGCCAAGAUAUCAGGAAAGCAAGUUAUGCACGCAGAAUUUAAAUCUGGGUGAUUUCACGUUUCAUUUGCAAUCUGGGCAAAUACCUUAUAUUAUAGCAAACCAUAAAAUCAGAUAUUUAUUUACACUAAUUGUUUGGAAAACAAAAAUAAAACCAUGCCCCCCUCUCAAUGGUGACAUAUAGCCUAUAUUAAACCGUUUAAAAUGUAAUAUUCCCCGCCAGAAAUUAGCCUAGUAACAUAUUGAUGAAAAGCAAUAUCUUUAGAUGGUCCAUAUGAUGGUCCAUAUGAUCAGGCAGGUGUGCUAUUUUAGCAAUAAGCAUGAUCACCUGUCUGACGCAGCAUCAUGGCUAUAUGGCUGAAACAUGGGGUUGCUGCUUAAAAUAUAGAUUUUUGUAUUUAACCAACAAGUGAUUUGUGUAAAUAGGCUAAUGUUCAUGUAUUGACAAGCAAGCAGCUCCAUGGUGAAGGCCUACAUGGUCCGUGAACCUUACAUAAACCUUUAUUUGCUAAUGACAUCGCUAUGUCUGAUAUGAAAAAAGAUUGAAAGGUGGAGGACUUUUGAAUGACGUGCGGAUGUUCAACUAUGAAUUGAUGGGCUUCCCGCCUCCACUUAGGUGGGUGUAUCCAGGAAGUUGAGGCAGGGCCUCACUCGAUGGACAGGAAAGGCUUUGACAUUAUUGACACCGCUUGGAAGCUGGUUGAUAACAAGUGUGAAGCGUCAGCUGUUGGGAAGAUUGUGAAUGUAUGAAUACAAGCAGCCUAUAUAGCCUAUAUCUUUUUUUUUAAAUGUCAUCUACUGUCCCAAGCGGGCCAUAUGAAAGCUUGAUAAACUGGCCAGGUCAGCGGGUAGCCCUGAAUGUCGAGCUCUGCAAUCUCUAGCUAAUCCACUCCUUAUAUAGCCUAUACUCCAUGUCAUGUGCCAAAUAAAAAACGCCACCUGCUGGCGAAGACA